CAAAUUUAUAGUCAACACGCAGUCCGUCCAGUGGAGAAGUGGGGCAGUCCGUUGACUUUUUGUAUUUUUCUCCCGCGGAUUAUUGUUUUAACGUUACAUAACCGAUCCGUCUCAAAGAGGACAAAUCGGAGACGAAGAUAAAGAAAGAUGCCGCUUCUCCACAGAAAGCCGUUUGUCAGACAGAAGCCCCCAGCGGACCUCAAACCAGAUGAAGAAGUGUUUCUUUGCAAAGUCACACAUGAAAUCUUCAGGACAUACGAUGACUUCUUUGAGAGGACCAUCCUGUGCAACAGCCUGGUGUGGAGCUGUGCGGUGACGGGCAAGCCUGGCCUGACCUACCUGGAAGCUCUGGACUGUGAGAAGAGAGGUCGUCAGAGCCUCCAGAGCUUCCCCUCAGCUCUGGUGAUCCCCCUGCUGCACCUCACAGCCCUCACAUACCGUACCCGGCUCCACGAGAUCUGUGAUGAUGUGUAUUCUUACGUCAAGGAGAGGUUCUUCCCCGGGGAGAUUGUGGACGUUGUGACCCGCUCCGAUACCAGGCAGUUAUGUGAAAUCCUGGAUGUGCAGUCUCCCCACCAUUCCAACGGGCUGGUCAAUGGGCAUGCCAAACUUCAGAUGGAGGGGGACUUCAUCGUCAUCAGUGACAGUGAGGAGGACGACACUCCUAAAAGCCCCAAAUCAAAGGCCAAUGGCAAGAAAAAGAAAUCUGUCAACCCGUCUGUGUUCAAGUACAAAGUACGGCCCAUCAAGGAAGGCAGUGUUCCCAUAUUCACCAAGGCUGGUCAGAUGAGCCGUAAGAAGAACACGUUUUCACGAGACAGACUAAAGCUGCUGCUCAAACAGCACUGUGAACCACAGAACGGAGUCGUUAUGAUCAAGGCAUCAACUGUUGCUAAGUACAAGUUGGCAGAACAGCACUUCUCCCAGUUUUUCCCUGACCAGCCGCCUGUGUUCGUCUUCAGUCCUCCUCCUAAAGGGCGGAGCAGGCCCAAGAAUGACUCUUCUCCUCUAGAGGCAGCAGAGGAAAAGCUUCGUCUGAUGCAGCAGAAAGAGGAGAUGAUGGCUACGGCACAUGAAAAGGCCAAUCGGGAGAGGGAAGAUGACCUGGGGGCCAAAAAGAAAGAGAAGGAGGACAAAGAAAAGAAGAGGGAAGAGAUGAAAAAGAUCUUUGAAGAGGAGAAGCAGAGGAGGAAAGAGGAGAAAGAACGCAUGAAAGUGGAAAAGGAAAAAGAGAGGGAGAAGCUGAAGGAGGAGAAGAAGAAAUAUGCAGAGAGACUAAAGAUCUGGAGCAAACCCAGAGAAGACAUGGAGUGUGACGACCUGAAGGAUCUCCCAGCCCCUGUCCCGGUGGAGACCCGUCUGCCUGCAGAGCUGUUCGGAGAUGCUCUCAUGGUGCUGGAGUUCCUCAAAGCCUUCGGAGAGCUCUUUGACCUCAAGGACGAGUUCCCAGAAGGCCUCACACUCGAGGUUCUGGAGGAGGCCCUGGUGGGGUCGGACCCUGAGGGGCCACUUUGUGAGCUGCUCUUCUUCUUCCUGUCGGCCAUCUUCCAGGCCCUGGCUGAGGAGCAGGAGGAGGUGGCCCGCGACCAGGUGGCGGAGGUUGAUGCCAAAGAUCUGAGUGAGGCUCUGGAUGAUGAUGCGGACCCCACCCAGUCUGCCAUCAGUGCUGUGGCUUCCCUGGCUGCUGCCUGGCCUCAGCUCUACCAAGGCUGCAGUCUGAAGCAGUUGGACCUGGACAGCUGUACUCUGUCAGAGAUCCUGAGGCUGCACAUCCUGGCAUCGGGGGCUGACUGCAACUCUGCCAACGCCAAGUUCCGCUACCAGAAACGUGGAGGAUUCGGCUCUACAGACGACCCCUGUGUUGAGCUAAGGCUGGCCAACCCUGGGUUGCUCAAGAGGCUGUCCUGCACUGCUGUCUACGACCUGCUGCCAGGUGAGAAGCUGAAGAUCCUCCAUGCGUUGUGUGGUAAGCUGCUGACUCUAGUGUCUACCAGGGACUUCAUAGAGGACAGCGCUGACGAGCAGAGACAGGCCAAGCAGGAGCUCAGGGAACUGAAGGCUGAGCAGCACCGCAAAGAGAGGGAAGAGGCUGCAAUCAGAGUCCGCAAGAGGAAGGAGGAGAAGUUAAAAGAACAGGAGAUGAAAUUGAAAGAGCUGCAAGAGAAACAUGAAAAGCUGAUGGAAGGAAGAAACGGCGACAUGAAAACUGAAGAGAUGAACACCAGCACUGAGAGCCUGAAGGAGGAACAUCAGACUGAAGAUGAGGAGGAGCAGACGAUCAACAGGACUAGGAAGAGUAAUAGCCUUCAGUCCUCUUGGCAUACUGCUAGCAAUCAUAGAAAGCGUUCACAUGUGAUGGGCAGCAAUCUCAAGGAGAAGCAGCCUAAAGAGGUGAGCGCUGAGCAGCAGCCGAGGGAGAAGGAUCUCCAGGAGCGCAUCCAGAAGGUUGCAGCCUGCACUUAUAUCCUCCCCCUGGGGCGCGACCGCCUAUACCGUCGUUACUGGCUCUUCCCCUCCACAUCUGCCCUCUUCGUGGAGGAUGACUAUUUCGGCCUGACUGAGGACAUGCUGGAUCCCCAGGAACCGACCUCUGAACAGGAGCCAGCCAAGGCUGAGGAGAUGGAGGUGUCUCAGAACGAGGCAGGAGAACCAGAGGACCUCUCCCAGACAGGCUCUACCCCAGACCCUGACUCCAAACCCAUCCUCCCAGCCCCCGUCCAGAGCAGCUCUGCUCCCCCAGUGAACCGUCCUAACCACUGGGCCUUCUACAGCAGUCCCCAGGAGGUGGAGGCACUGAUCGAGGCCCUGAAUCCACGGGGUCACAGGGAGAGCACCCUGAAGGAGGUCCUGGUGCAGGAGAAGGGACGUAUUGCACAGCUCCUCGGUACAGCAACUGCUGACCGCUACCACCAGACAGAUAUUAAACCAGAGGCUGGUGUUAACAAAGCUGUCUCAGCCAAGUCCAAGGCUGCUUCUGCUCCUCUCCCAGAGGGCACAGCGGCUCCUGCUGAGGACUUCAUGGGCAACAGGCUGAGAGACCUGUUGCUAGAUAUAGAGGACCGCAUCUACCAGGGUACACUGGGACAAGUCAAGGUGAUGGAGAGGAGUGUAUGGAGGAAAGCACUGGAGGAAGGCCACUAUGAACUACUGAGCCCUGAGCUGAAGGGGAAUGGUGUCACUAAAAGAGAGAACUGUGAUGUGGAGAACAUGGAAAUACAUUACUUGAAAAAAAACAGGUUACAGGUGUCAUUGUUCAGGGUACAGGAACUGAAGGGGGAGAGUAUGAGCACAGUGCCCACCAGCCCCAACACCCCUCAGAUGGUCAACAACACUGUCCACUACCUGGCUCAGGCCCUGGCCCACAUCCAACAGGGAAUUGAGAGAAAGUUCCUCAAGGCUCCACUGGGUGACGAAGACUCUAAAAAGGACCAGAAGGCAAAGAAGAAGGAGAAGAAAGAUGAGGAUCAACACAGUGAAGACGGUAGUGACAGUGGUCGGGUGGUGAAGACGGUCCAGGAGCGUUGGAGGGAGUCUCUGCUGGGUUGUUCCAGCAUGUCCCAGGUCUUCCUCCACCUCUCCACCCUGGAGCGCAGUGUCAUUUGGGCCAAGUCCCUGCUCAACGCCCGCUGCAAGGUCUGUCGCAGGAAGGGAGAUGCAGAGAACAUGCUGCUGUGUGACUGCUGCGACCGAGGACACCACAUCCACUGUGUCCGCCCGAAACUCAAGGCCGUCCCAGAAGGGGACUGGUUCUGCCCUGAGUGCCAUCCCAAACAGCGAGCCAACCGCCUCCCCUCCCGCCAACGGUCCUCUGUCGACUCUGAGGAAUUGGCGGAAGAGGAGGACUCUGAGGAAGAAGACUCUGGGGAGGAGACGACAGAGGAGAAGAGUGCCGCUAAAAAGGUCCGGACUGCUGUGCAACCUCCUGUGUCUACUACCAAAGGAAGUCGGUCGAACAGCAGGACCAACUCAAGUCAUUCCACCCCCCGGAGCCAGCAGACCACCCCCAAACAGGCCCUCUCAACUGGGAAGGGAGCCGCUUCCAGGUCCUCAGGGAAGAAGCCCACCCCAGUCUCCAAUGGCAGACCUCCACCACGGCCAGGCAGCAGAGUCAGCUCCCGGCUCAGUCAUGAGAUAUUGGCAACCAACGGUACCUCUAGCAGGCCAGGCAGCCAGCCUGCUCCAUCUCUCUCUCUGGCAGACUCCCGUAAAAGACCAAUCUCAGCAGAGGUCUCCCACAAACCCAGGCUGGUCCUGACUCCCUCAGUCUCAGGUUCUUCUUCCAAUCGCCGCAGCUCAGGGAGGAACCAAGGAGUCCAUGAGCUGUCUGCCUGCGAGCAGCUGACUGUAGAGCUAGUCAGACAUGAAGACAGCUGGCCCUUCAUGAAACUGGUGUCUAGGACACAGGUUCCAGACUACUUCGACAUUAUCAAAAAGCCCAUUGCACUGAGCACUAUCCGAGAAAAGGUUAACAACUGUGCAUAUAAAACAGCCACGGCGUACGUUGAGGACGUGGAGCUCAUGUUUGCCAACUGUUUACAAUACAACCCUCAGCACACAAAUGAAGCUAAAGCAGGAACAAGGCUCCGAGCCUUCUUCAACUCAGAGAUCUCUAACCUGGGGCUGGUGGACCGGACCACUCCACUGAAGCGGUCCCGGAUGUAAAGCUGACUGACUGAAACUACUUGGUCGUAUUCAUUAAUGCACACCGUAGCAAAAUGUUUUUUACCUGGAUGUUUUUCGACAAAAACAAGUUUCUUAUUGGACAAAUUCAGGUAGUCCCUUCCUGUUUCGCUUUUGUUUUCAUCCAUUUGUUUUCUAGUGAAUACCAUCAUUCAUUGGAAAGUCUGAACAUUCCCAAAGCAUUGUGCAGUGUAAUAUCAUUCCCUCAAGAUAAUGCAGGAACAACUAACUCGCUGUGAAAGUAUUUGCACUGAAUAUUUAAACUACUCUUUUCUAUUCGUAUUCACUCAGGGAAAACGAAUUGUGGUUGGAAAUACGUGUUUUUUUAACAGUGCAUUUUUAUAUUUUGUAUCUUGUGAGCAUUUCUAGUCUUUCUUUGUGCACAUACUUUUCUUCAACAAUUUCAGUUAAUUUAGAUGACUUAAGUAUUAGCUUUAAUAUGGACAGUUUUGCAUUUGUUCGUUUCACAGUAGUGAACAGUAAAAACAAAUUUUGCAUGGACUGUUUCAGGUUCCCAUCUUUCAGGGAAACACUACACUGGAAUCUGAUUUACUGUUCCUUAUUUCUUAUAAUUCAUUGGUUAUUUAUUUUAGUUAAGCUAAGAACUUGCUUUAAAUUAUAUUUUUAUAGAACAUAUUUGUUUUUGUAAAGAAUUAUUGGCAUAGUUUUUAGUUCAAACUAUAGAAAACUGUUUGUGGUAGAGUUUAAAUACUGAGUUUUGUCCCCCUAACUUUCUCACCUCUGCUUUUGUAUUUGCUAUCGUGUAUAUUUUCUAUAUGUAAAAAUAAAUUCACUGUUUUAAUA